AUGGCGCCGAAGGGUGUGCCAAAUAAACCGAAAGGAGGCCGGAUAGCAGGUAAUAACUCUGCUCUACUUGACAACACACACAUGACCACUGGGGCUGAUGCAAUUGACUGGCCUAAUCAGCAUAGCCGAAUGGAUGAUGGAGUUAGGAACCAUGUGCCUAUACUCCCGCAUUGGAAGCUGUACAAGAAAAAACCUGCAUCAAGUUCAAAGGAGAAAGAACCAAAAGAGAAAGAACCAAACGAGAAAGAACCAAAAGAGAAAGAACCUGCAUCUGCGUAUGUUGAUUUAUUCUUAGGAAAACUAAAGGCCAAGUUUGACAUAAACACAGAGGAUAACACAGUUAAAAAGGGUUGUAUUGAGAUGAUGCAAUCUGCGGUCCGCCAACAAAGAUACAGGCUGAAGGCAGAAUAUUUUGAUCCUUUUCCACUACAUUUGGUUACAAAAACUUCUCCUGUCAAAUGCAUGACUGAUGAACAGUGGCUUAAACUUUUAGAAUCAUGGAAGAGUCCCAAAAAGAUGACUCAGAUGGAAAACAAGCUAUCUACAACAACAGAAGGUGAAGAACUUAAGUCUGCGGCUCAAGUUGUUGCUGAUGUGCUUGCUGAGAACAUCAAGAAGAAUCAGUUCUUGCGUAAUGUGGGUACCGUAAUGCCCGCGAGAUUUCCAAUGAGCGAAAGCUAUUGA